CAUUCAUCGAAAGCGGCCGGGGGUCGCGCGCAGCCCUCGUGUCUUGAUUGACAGGAGCGUCCGUCCAAUAAAAGCGCGCUAACGCGUGACUCACCUUCCUCUCCGGUCCAAUGGCAGCGCGGCGGAGAGGCGGACCGCAGGAAGCACACUUGGUUGAAUGGCCAUUAAAGCAACAAUCAGCGGUAAAUGUGUUAUGAUGCCACGCUCCAAACACAUACCGAGCGGAUUGUCCGAGGCUGCGGGAGCGCACUUUGGCACCGGGUGAUCGGACACUUUUGUGAAAUGCCGCUCCUGCUCGGAUCUGCCUGGUGCGCUGAUCAAAUCUGGAGUCGCUCUCUGGGGAUUUGAGCAGUGAUGGACAGCUGUUGGGACAUUGAUUCGGGGCAGAGGUUGACGGUACAUUGACAGUGCGGCAACAGAAGCUUACAACCAUGGACCAAGGAGGUGUUUUCUGCCCGAGGAGGAGGAGGAGGAGGAGCGGCUGAGUUUUCUCCUCCGCUCCGAUCAGCGCCAAGUGUGCUGUGUGGAUCGUGAUGAUGCUUUUUGGUGAGGCUCCCACCGCCGUCCAGGCUGCAAUGUUUGGUCAGUACAGGUGCAUCGAGCCAACAUGGGAAUCACCUUUUUUUAUUUCUCUCCAACUGCGUCUUUUUUCUUCUUUCUUGCCCACGGGAAUACAGGAAACAUGUCUGCAGAUUUAACGGAUUCACAGCAUAAUUGAUUGCGUUAUGAUCUCUGGGGACCAUCUGAGUUGUGUAAUGGUUUUAUUGCAUCCACAGCGCGCGCUGCCGUGCAACCUCUCCAUGGAUGGGAGUUAAUUGGGCCCAAUGAUGUAGAGCCAAAUCCACCUGGAUCUAAUGUUCCCUCCUCUCUUGGCGAAACUGGCUCCCUUGUGACUUCUGCGCAUGUUCAAUUGUUUAUGUUCCCACUCCUGGUUAUUGCUUUGGAUAAUCAUUGUUUUCUUUAGGAAUUAAUUUUGGCUUUAAAGUGGGAGUGGCAGUUUAAAGGGCUGUUUCAAAAUGGAAAAUCCAACUUAUGACAGACAUUUAUUGCGCGUCAUUUUUGAGACAAAUUAGGUUCCUGAAGUAUUUCAGUGGAUCAAAACUGUUUAUUUGCAGAUUUGUGUCGUUAUGUCCAGAUCAAAUAGUGUCAGCCCACCCGGAGUUGGUGCGCCCGGGCUGAGGGGAGGGACCGAGCACAGAUCAGCUUGGGGAGAGUCUGAGUCCGUGGCCAACGGGUGCCCAUACUCGGCCAGAUCCCCGCGCAAGAAGCUCGCCCGCACCAACAGUCGGUGGAGGGAAGAGGAUGACCCGGAGCACCGGCAGCCCGGGCGAGCCACCACCACCGUCAGCAGGGUCAGCUUCAGGUCCAGGUCGGCGUGGCAGGACCAUGGCGAGGAGAGCAAACACCGCGCGUCCCCGAAGCGUCCAGACGGCGAGGUGAGACCCAAGUCAGUGGAGCUGGGUCUGGAGGAGCGCAGAGCCAAACCGAGGAGCGACGAGGAGGAGGUCAUGCCCGAAGUUAACUUUUCUUUCGUGGCGUGCUGCACCAGCGUCAUGCACAUUUUCAAAUCCAAGAAAUUCCAGUCGGAGAAGUUGGAGCGGCUCUACCAGCGCUACUUUUUCCGCCUCAACCAGAGCAGCCUGACCAUGCUGAUGGCGGUGCUGGUGCUGGUCUUCACGGUCAUGCUGGGCUUCCACUGCGCCGGUGGGUCGGAGCGGCCGAGCGUGACCUACGUGGUGGUGUUUUCCGUGGCCAUCUUCCUCACACUCAUCCUCAUGGUGGUCUGCAACCGGAACGGCUUUCACCAGGACCACAUGUGGAUCGUGUGCUAUGUGGUCAUCCUGGUGGUGCUGGUGAUCCAGGUGAUCGGCGUGCUGCUCGUGCAGCCCAGAAGUGCCUCAGAGGGGAUCUGGUGGACCGUGUUCUUCAUCCAUGUCAUCUACACUCUGCUGCCCGUCAGGAUGCGCGCAGCUGUCAUCACUGGAGUUAUUCUUUCUGCCAUCCACGUGGCUGUUUCUUGGAUGUUAAACGGCGUGGACAGCUUUCUCUGGAAACAGAUAGUGUCCAACGUGCUGAUCUUCUCCUGCACCAACAUCGUGGGAGUCUGCACCCACUACCCCGCUGAGGGAUCCCAGAGGCAGGCCUUCCAGGAGACCAGAGAGUGCAUCCAGGCCCGCCUCCACUCCCAGAGGGAGAACCAGCAGCAGGAACGUCUUCUGCUCUCAGUGCUUCCCCGCCAUGUUGCCAUGGAGAUGAAAGCCGACAUAAACGCCAAGCAGGAGGACAUGAUGUUUCACAAGAUCUACAUUCAGAAGCACGACAACGUCAGCAUCUUGUUUGCAGACAUCGAGGGUUUCACCAGCCUGGCGUCCCAGUGCACAGCGCAGGAGCUGGUGAUGACUCUUAAUGAACUCUUCGCUCGUUUCGACAAGCUGGCGGCGGAGAACCACUGUCUGCGCAUCAAGAUCCUGGGAGACUGCUACUACUGCGUGUCUGGGCUGCCGGAGGCGAGGGCCGACCACGCCCACUGCUGCGUGGAGAUGGGGAUGGACAUGAUCGAGGCCAUCUCGUUGGUGCGUGAGGUGACCGGGGUGAACGUGAACAUGCGUGUGGGCAUCCACAGCGGCAGGGUGCACUGUGGGGUUCUGGGACUCAGGAAGUGGCAGUUUGACGUCUGGUCCAAUGACGUCACACUGGCCAAUCAGAUGGAGGCUGGGGGCCAAGCUGGGCGCAUCCAUAUCACAAAGGCCACUCUGAAUUAUCUGAACGGGGACUACGAUGUGGAGCACGGAGCAGGAGGAGAAAGAAACGCCUACCUGAAGAAGCACAGCAUAGAAACCUACCUCAUUGUGGGCUGCAGUCAAAAAAGGAAAGAGGAGAAGGCGAUGAUUGCCAAAAUGAACCGACAGAGGACCAAUUCUGUCACCCACAACAGCGGCCACUGGACGGACCGGCCGUUCUACAAUCACCUGGGCGGCAACCAGGUCUCCAAGGAGAUGAAGAGGAUGGGAUUUGAAGACCCCAAAGACAAACAUUUCAUUUUCAGAAACACGCAGGAGAACCUAAACCCAGAGGACGAGGUGGACGAGUUCCUGGGCCGCGCCAUCGACGCACGCAGCAUCGACCGUCUGCGCUCCGAACACGUCAAGAAGUUCCUGCUCACCUUCAGAGAGCCUGACCUGGAGAAAAAGUACUCCAAACAGGUGGACUCCAGGUUCGGCGCUUACGUGGCUUGCGCCUCCCUCGUCUUUCUCUUCAUCUGCUUCAUCCAGAUCGUCAUUGUGCCAUCCUCCAGUCUGAUGAUCGGCUUCUUCAUCUCCUGUCUUAUUAUCCUGGCGGCUGUCAUGUUCGUCUCAACCGUCUACUGCUGUUUUGGGCUCUUCCCAGUCCCUCUGCAGACUCUUUCUAAGAGAAUAGUCCAGUCCAGACUAAACAGCACCCUGGUGGGCGUCUUCACCAUCAUCAUCGUCUUUCUCUCCGCUUUCAUCAAUAUUUUCACCUGCAGCAGCCUCGACCUGCGGAACUGCAUCAGGACAGAGCUCAACAUCACUCUGACCGCCGUGAACGCGUGCCACGCCCACCUCCUCAACUACAGCCUGGACACACAGCACAGCCCCUGUGGAGACGACGCCCUCGUCUGCAGCUUACCUGAGUACUUCUCGUCGUGCGUGCUGCUGAGCCUGCUGGCCUGCUCCGUCUUCCUGCAGAUCAGCAGCAUCGGUAAACUCUUCCUCAUGCUCUUCAUCGAGCUGCUCUACCUCCUCAUCAUGGAGGUGCCCAAAGUGAACCUCUUCGACAACCAGGACCUGCUGGUGAUGGCAAACGCCGUCACAUUUGUCGAGAGCGUGAACGGAACAAGCUGUGAGGUGGACACAAAGGUUCCUCUGAAGAUUAUGACCCCAGUGGUCAUUACUGUCUUCGUCCUCGCUCUGUACCUUCACGCCCAGCAGGUGGAGUCCACGGCCAGGCUCGACUUCCUCUGGAAGCUGCAGGCCACAGAGGAGAAGGAGGAGAUGGAGGAGCUGCAGGCCUACAACCGCCGUCUGCUCCACAACAUCCUGCCUAAAGAUGUGGCCGCCCACUUCCUACAGCGCGAACGGCGUAACGAUGAGCUCUACUACCAGUCGUGCGAGUGCGUGGCUGUCAUGUUUGCCUCCAUCAGCAACUUCUCUGAAUUCUAUGUGGAACUGGAGGCCAACAACGAGGGAGUGGAGUGUCUGCGGCUGCUCAACGAGAUCAUCGCUGACUUUGACGAGAUCAUCAGUGAGGAUCAGUUCCGUCAGCUGGAGAAGAUCAAGACCAUCGGCUCCACAUACAUGGCGGCCUCCGGCCUCAAUGACUCUACAUACGACAAGACAGGGCGCUCGCACAUCCGCGCCCUGGCUGACUACGCCAUGAGGCUGAUGGACCAAAUGAAAUACAUCAAUGAGCACUCCUUUAACAAUUUCAAGAUGAAAAUAGGUCUUAAUAUUGGCCCUGUGGUUGCCGGGGUGAUCGGAGCCAGGAAGCCUCAGUAUGACAUUUGGGGGAACACGGUGAACGUGGCGAGCCGCAUGGACAGUACAGGAGUACCCGAGAGGAUCCAGGUGACUGCAGACCUGUACCAGGUACUGAGCUCCUAUAACUACACACUAGAAUACAGAGGUUUGGUCACAGUUAAAGGCAAAGGAGAGAUGAUGACCUACUUCCUCACUGGCGGACCAUCUAGCAGUUAACCCCUCCACUGAACUCCGCCUCUGACAUAACGAGCAGGCUCAUGGACCUCCGAUAGCUUAUGGCGGACUGAGACGGACCGAAGCGUCCCCUCUCACAGCGCCGAUCUUUUCUUAACUGAGGCCACAGUGGGGGACGGAUGAGAGUAUUCAUCCCAAAGCUCAGCCUGCAGAGGACGCUACGAGCGGGAGAGGCCUAGCUAGCCUGAAUCUGCCAUUGAGACCAAAGAUGUCCAAUCAGUGCAUAAAGACAGAUGUCGCCAGCUGUGUGAGUUAAGGUCCUAACGGAAGAAUGUUCUCGAAGAAAUUUAAUUUGCUUCAAUCUGCCAGAGUUUCAAAGGGUUUUGGGACAAACCUGCGGCAGGACAUGAAUUAUGCCACUUCCUGUCUUUCUCUCUGCCUUUCUCCUGCUGAAGUAUAUAUGUACAUGUAAAACACUGACAGUUUUAUGUGUAUGUAUAUGAUUUUCUGUACUGUAUGUUAAACACAUUGUGUCCAUGUUGUCGUGGUCCAGGUACGAAUCUCUCAAGUGUGGACACUCAGCCAGCACCGCAGCGCUAUCCGUCCUUUUAUCGAUAUCUGAUCAGUAAUUAACAGAAUGACGGAGGAGUAAUGGUACGAGUCCACAGGGGCGUUCUUGGACGUGAAAGGUCACGCUGCUUCCCAGCAUUGGACGCUUGACAGCUGUGUUACUGAGUACAUGGUCUGUGUGCUCCUAGAUUUGAAUCUAGAUGGCGUUUGGAAGCGUUCUCUGACGUUACAAAAA